AUGCUAAAGAAUGCGCCGCGUCGUCGUCCACAACAUCAAACACUUCAUGAGAAACCUAUUCAUAUUGAUUUGAUCAUCUUAGCCGCUGAGAUUGUUGAAUAUUUUCUAUUAAGAGAGUGUUCGAGCCCAAGAUUGGAAGAUUGGCGUGAUUCACUCUUUCGAAAUCCCAUUCUACUUAACUUGGCAAUCUAUGUCUGCCUGAUCGGCGUGAGCAAAUGCAUUUCAAAUGAUGCUAUCGAUGAGGCAGAAGGAUCAACAGGAGAAACGGACAUCGCCUCGUGGACGUCUUGGUCAUUGUGGUCAAAAUGUUCUGAAAGCUGUGGUGGAGGCUUAUCCAACAGGACACGUCAUUGUACUAGUUUAACUGAUUUGGAGACAAAGUUGGCAGUAACCAGCUGUAGUGGCCAUGCAACUGAAGUUCGUGUGUGCAACCGACAGACAUGUCUCUCGGGAAGCCGUCGCCAGUCAUACUGCCUACCACUCAUGAAUCGUUUCUUCCAUGGGAAACGCUACUAUUGGGAAGCCUUCAUCGAUCCUCGUCGCCCGUGCAAAGCAAUGUGUCAUACCAGAAGUGGGAACUUUUAUGUGCCCACAGGGGAUACAGUGCCUGAUGGGACACUUUGCGAUGACACUGGAAAUGAUGUUUGCAUUUUGGGAACAUGUCAUAAAGUCGGCUGUGAUGGCAUUAUCGGAUCAACAGCCAAGAUUGACUUAUGUGGUGUUUGUAAUGGACAAGAGAAAUCAUGCCGUGUUGUUCGAUCCAACUUUACGGUGGAUGCAAGUCUAAUGAAAUAUGGCUACAACCGAAUAAUGACGGUCCCAAAAGGUGCUUUUAACAUCAAUAUAACCGAACUGGAAAGUAGCAGAAACUAUCUUGCAAUGAAGACAAAGUCAGGUUACAGUAUCUUGAAUAGUCACUGGCGUCUGUCCCAUUAUGGCCACAAAUAUGUCCUUGGAACAGUUAUGGAUUAUCAACGCCGAACGAACAUUUCGUGCCCUGCGCAGUGUGUUUUCAUUGUUGGACCAAUCAAUGAUGAUAUACAUGUACAGUUAUUAUUUUACAGAGAUUCAUCCCGUUUCACGUAUCAAUUCAGUACUCCAUUAGAUAUGAAUGGUGGCCAAAAUUACGUCUACGAUAUUAUCGGUGAACCGUCUGGCAAAACUCACCACCAUCGGCCUCAUCACCAAUCUAAUGACAACCAAAAACAUCAUCAUCGCAGGCCUCACGAUAGACAGCAUUCCCACGAUCAGUCAAGUUCAGCUGCAGUACCUCACCGCAAUAGUCACAUGAGACAAAGUUCAAAGAAACGAAGGUUUCAAUAUAAUGAAAGUUUCAUGACACCACAUCGCAGUGAGCAUCACCAAAGCGAUUCCGAACCAACUCACGCCUCACCUCGGCGCACGCAAGCUACUAGAAACGUGAGAAAAAGUUACAUUUCCCCAACCAUCAGAAGCAUGCAAAGAAAUACUCCGUCUUUUGACCGGAAAAAUCAACGUCGAAACAAUCGUCAUAAGAAUCGAAACAAUUACGGAAAUGGGAAUCACUACCAACCAAGUGCCACAUCACUUUACUACAGAUCGCACCGGAUUCCAAACCGAAGAAUCUCAUCCGAAUGGCCGACUUCAUCGACAGAACAAAGCCAGCCAGUUAGACAUGGUUCAUCUGUCAUUCUUGGAGAGCCAUCGCCAACCAUUAUUAUUGCCAACUCUCGUUUCUCUUCCGAUAGAAUUAAAGAAAGGCAGCAACCGAUUCGAGUAGAAAACGGAAAUCGACAUCUGCAACCCGACCGAGACACAUCGCAGCUAUCACUUGGUUCGAAUUCGUUGAAGCCAACUGGACAAAGAAUUUACCAACAUACCGGUGCUCAGUUGCCAGAACUGGAUAGUAGCAAAUCCGGCAGCAGUAUCGCCGGUGCAAACACGGGUUAUUCAUGGAGGAUAUCUGGAUUCACUGAAUGCUCUGAAACUUGUGGCGGAGGCAUUGAGGAAACGAUUGUCGUCUGUGUAAAGGAAAAUUCGCAAGUUGUUGUUACUGAUGAGAACUGUGAACAUACCCGGAAACCAGGUCCCAAAACCGUGAGCUGCAACCUGACUCCAUGUCCGGCAGAAUGGUUUACUGGCCCUUGGAGUGAGUGCAGCACGACUUGCGGACCAGGAACGCAGACAAGACAAGUAACCUGUCAGCGACGGAUUUCGCCCGUUCUAAAUCUGACAGUAUCAGCAGAGGCAUGCCGUGGUCAAGUUCGAAACCAAACGAACCGAACCUGCAGUCUUCAGCCAUGUUUUUUCUGGAAAGUUGCCAACUGGAGUCAAUGUUCUUCAACUUGUGGGAAAGGAAUGCGAGUAAGAGCCGUGACGUGCAUGAACAUUGAAGGACAUCCGGCAGAGGAGAGCAUGUGUCAAGAAAUAAAGCCGAUUAAGGAAGAACUAUGUGAUAUGGGAUCCUGUGCUACAGGCUGGUUCUUCACCGACUGGCCACAAAAAUGUCCAGUCGAGUGUGGAGAAGGAAUCAUGAGACGAAAUCUUCAUUGUGCUGCAGACAACAAUACAACUCUGCCAGAUGAAAGAUGCAGCAAGUUUCCACGCCCUCGUUUGGAAAAUCGAUGCAAAGCCGAUGUUCCCUGUGGAGGAAAAUGGUUCCUGGGACUUUGGUCCAAGUGUAAUGCAACGUGCGGUGAAGGUAUGAAGAAUCGAGAUGUUGUGUGCAUCAAACAGUUAAGCGGUUCUGUUCUUAUGGUUGUCGACGAAAAUAAUUGUGCCAUGGAAGAGAAGCCAGAAACUGUUCUUCCUUGCCAACGGGAACCAUGCCCUCCUCAAUGGUAUAUGAUGAACUGGAGUAAGUGUUCCAAAAGUUGCGAUCUUGGCCAUCGAACACGAGAAGUUAAAUGUUUAGACAACCAAAGAAAACCGAAUUUGGCCUGCGAUAUUCGAAUAAAACCAAGCAUCAGGGAGAGUUGUAACUUACAAAGCUGUGGAAUGACGACAGCUGCACCAGUAAGUGGAUGCAGUGAUCUUCUCGGACAGUGCCAUCUUGUGGUAAGAGCCCGCCUUUGCAGUUACCACUAUUACCAUCGCAUUUGUUGCGCUUCUUGCACGGUCGCAAAUGAACGUGAAGAAGGAAACAAUGGUGCUUCACUGGCAACCACGGCAGCAACUGUUACUCCGGCUUACAGUACCACACCAUCUUAUCCCACCACAAGUUACGUAUCUCCUACGGAAACUACGCUGUUUGCCAAUUUCACAAACAUGACACUCGCUGAAGAACAUACGGUAACUACUCCUAACACCGAGUCAACAGAUUCCCAGUCAUGA